AUGAAGUUUCGAUUGCCGAUUUGUCUGCUGCUCGUGUGCUUAGCCUGUCAGUGCUUGAUCGACGCCCGCGAGAUCCGCGAGGAUUACGAUGAUCUAGCCGUCGCGGCCUCCCAUCAUCACGAACAUCACGAGCACGGCGGCGGUGAAGAACACCACUCGGAUCAUCAUCACAAGCACGGUGAUCACGGCGAUAAAGGCUAUAAAUCCUCUCACCAUCACGAGAAAGGUGACAAGGGACACCACGACAAGGACGAGCACAAGGGACACUACGACGAAGAGGAAGGACACAAGAAGAGUCAUCAUCACGAAGAUGGUUAUUACGACGAGCACCAUAAAGGUGAGAAAGGAGAGAAGGGACACAAAUUCCACGAGGAAGGACAUUAUGGUAAAGGGCACAAAACCAAGGGACACCAUGAGGUCCAUAAGUUAGACGAGUUUAAGAAGGAUAAAGAAUUCUUCGACGAACAUCAUGAUUCCGGACAUCACGAAGAUCACGGUGGUCAUCAUCACGAGCACGAGCACGAGAAGGGCGGACACUUCAAGAAGGGACAUCACCACCAUGGAGAACACGAUGAUCAUUACGGUAAAAAGGGGCACCAUGAGAAAGGACAUCACCAUCACGAUCACAAGGGUCACAAGAGCGACGGUGGCCACGACGAGCAUCAUCAUCAUCAUUCUCACCACGGCAAGAAAGGAGGACACGAUGAUCACAAGUCGUGGGGCUUUAAGAAGGGUCAUUAA